CUCCUUGGUAUUUCAAUUCAGAAGACAGUGCUGUCUGCAUAUUACUUCUAAUUUGACAUCUUCAGAAAUCUGUGACUAUGAAUUCAAAGAAUUCAGAAGCAAAUUGUGCUCAAGAACAGCGACUGCUUGAGGAGAAGAAAGCUAAGAUCCGUGAAGUGAGAAAGUUAUUGGAACCAGUGCCAGAAAAAUUGUUGCUCUACUGUUCUGAUGCAUCAAUUGCAAGAUAUUUAAGGGCAAGAAACUGGAAUGUGAAGAAAGCUGCUAAAAUGCUGAAGGAGACAUUGAAAUGGCGUCUUGAAUAUAAGCCUGAAGAUAUAAAAUGGGAUGAAAUAGCUCAGGAAGCUGAGACUGGAAAAAUUUACCGAUCUAAUUGCUUUGACAAACAUGGGAGAAGCAUUCUUGUUAUGAGACCUGGUCGCGAGAAUUCAAAAUCAAACAAGGGCAAGAUCAGAUAUUUGGUGUACUGCAUGGAGAAUGCUAUCUUAAAUUUGCAAUCUGACCAGGAACAAAUGGUAUGGCUGAUUGAUUUUUGUGGGUACAACAUGUCUCACAUAUCAGUUAAGGUGACAAAGGAAACUGCUGAUGUCCUUCAGAAUCAUUAUCCUGAAAGAUUGGGUUUAGCUAUUUUGUACAACCCGCCGAAGUUCUUCGAGCCAUUCUGGCAGGUGGUUAAACCAUUUCUAGAACCUAAAACUUCCAGAAAAGUUAAGUUUGUAUACUCUGACAAUCAAAACUCCAUGAAACUAAUGGAGGAUCUUUUCAACAUGGAUGAACUCGAACAAGCAUUCGGUGGGAAGAACGAAGCAGGAUUUGAAAUCAAAGAAUAUGCAAAGAGGAUGAGAGACGAUGAUAAGAAGAUGAUUCUCUAUUGGUCUCAAGGACACAACAAUACAUUUGUUCCUGCAGAGAGAUCGGCCAUGGCCGAGCCUUCCUCGAGCUCUCUUGCUAUCUCUGAAAUGAAUUCUGAUGAAUCCCGCCAGGAGGGCGAAGAUAAAUCAUCUUCUAAGCAAAUGCUGACAAAUGUAGAUGGAAAAUCUAUAGGCGACAAACAGCAAGUGGAGCAAUUAUCUCAGGAGCAGAAGUAAGCCAAACAUAGUCUCAGUCUACUUUUCAAACUGUAAUUUUCCUUUUAUCUCAAUAUAAAUGCUUUACAUUUUUCUUCAAACUUUCUUUAGAUGGGUCUAUGAAAACCCUCCUUUAAUAAUAUACCUCCUUUAACAUGGUAUUUGCCAUACAAAACUGCUAACAAUAAUGUCA